AUGAACACUGAAAGCCUCCCAGACUACCUGACCAUCCCAGGACCAACAAUCCCUAGCUUUCACUGCCGCGUUGGCAGAGAUCACAAUGAUCGUCAGCCUCAACCAGCCAACACCUACGGGUACCCCGUGCCUGGCGUACAGGCCCCUAGUUCUACAUCGGUCAUGGCCCUUGACUACUUUGUGAGUGACCAGACUUGGAGCAACAUACUGGCCCAUGGAGACUUUGAUUACAUCGUCGUGGGUUCAGGCUUCACUGCUCUCGCAUUCAUUCAGAAGGCCCUCGAACUCGACCCCUGUGCCAAGAUUCUUUGCCUGGAGCGUGGAGGCUUUUGGCUUCCUUCCCACUUCCAGAACCUACCAAUUCCUUUCAAGAUGGUUCUGGGAGGGCCUUCAGAAACAUUCCCCUGGACCCUCUCACGCAAGACCUUUGAAACAAAAGAGCUCAAGUUUUGCCACGGCUCCUGUCCAUUCUUCGGUGGCCGAUCUACCUUUUGGUCCUCCUGGAGCCCACAGCCAAGUCUGGACCUCAUGCGUGACUUUCCCAAGGCCAUGAAAGAGACUGCUAAAAAACAGAAGUUCUGGAAAGAGGCCAAAGAGCUUUUGAAUGUCACACGCGCAAAUCAGAUCAACGAUGGCAUCUUUGGAAGCCUACAGACCGCCAUUGAUAACAUUCUCAAAGACUCGGUUCACAAGAUUCCUACUGCGGACUAUGCUGAGACAGCCCCGCUUGCUGUCGGACGACGCAGCCCAACUUCUAUUCUGCGAUUCAACAAAUUCUCUGUCCCUGGGCCUCUUCUUGGCAUCUUGGAACAACAGAGGCAACUGGCCAAAGCUAACAAGGGAGCCCCUCUAGAAAUAACGGUUGACUGUGCGGUGAAGAACAUGGUCAAAGGCGACGACGAUAAUUUUGUCCGUGUUAUCGAAACCAGCAAGGGCACUUUAUCAUGGACCGGCAACAAGACCAAGAUCAUCCUCUGCGCUGGAGCCAUUCCCAACGCCACCAUGCUACUGAACUCGUUCGAGAGUUGCCGUGACACCGUUGGUAAGAGGCUUACCGGCCACUAUGACACACAUAUCUCAGCAAGAUGUCCUGUCAAGAACAUCAAGGGCUGGAAAAAGGAAGCCACGCUCAAAAUGGCUGCUGCAUACCUGGCUGGCAAGGAUCCCAAGACCGGCCUACAGUACCACGUCUCAGUCACGGCGGUGAAUAGUCCGAACCCGAAAUACGAUGCAGAGGACGCGGCUCGCGAAUGUCCAGAUUAUGCUGCUGCGGCGACGCUUGAUCAACUUGCAGGCUCCGAGGACUACGUUGUAUUCGUUUGCUCGGCUCUUGGGGAGUUCAACGAGAAGAACACCAAGAACCAUGUCACUCUCAACAAGGGCACUGACCCGACGUGCAACGUCACCCUGCAAUACACCUUGAGCGACGAGGAUCGUACCGCUUGGGACGUGAUGGACAAGGCAACCUACGAUACUAUUAAAGAGAUGGCAGGCGGCGAUAAAUACGCAUCGAGUAUCGAAUGGUGGGAUGAGGCAGCUCAUGGUUGGAGCAGGACGAAACCAGCAGUCGACACCAUUCGAAUCCCUGGUAUUGUUCAUGAGUCAAGCACUUGUUUUAUGGGGCCCAAGGAUAAAGGCGGUUCCGUGGAUGAGCUUUAUCGUCCUCAUGGGAUUGAGAAUGUUCAUGUCACUGGAGCUGCCCUUUUCCCAACUGCGGGUAGUUGGAAUCCUACCAUGACCAUGUGUGGAUAUGCUCAGGACUUGGCUCACAGGCUGUACGAAAUGAAGUCUCAAGAGAGCGAGUGA